CAAAGAAAGAGAUCCGCCGGGGAAUGUGGAAUUAGGGCUCUAUCGCCGGCCGUUACUCAGACCCAUCGCCUCGCGACAAGAUGCCUAGAAACAGAUUGGUGCCGCAUAACAGAUGCCAGAAUCAUAGGCUGGUUAGGAGCUGUGCCAUUGUUGGGGUGACAAAAAUGGCAAUCCAUGUCAGGUACUCAGCUGGUAGUCGGGUCUCUGAAGCAGCCAUCUCGUGAACAUGGCUUGUUUCUGUAUCAAGGUCGUCGUCGACGCCAUUUGCCCUUGGCCAAGCGCAAUCCCUUCCCUUCCUGCUCUCCAAUCCAAGAGCCCCACAUUCAGCCCAACCAAAUACUUGCACAGUGUUAUUUUGGUCACAUCCCUCUGCACCGGGCCAUCGAAACAUGGAAAAGGGUGUUCCCUGGCGGAGCCAACGAGACUACCACCGUCACCUGGUAUCCCUUCUCGACCCUUCCUUACCCCUAAGAAGCCAAAACUGGAGAAUCAGAACUUUGAAUAGCCGACACCGCCCUGAAACGAGCUCAAGGAGCUGUUCGCUUCCGAGGGUAUGGGGCUCUCCUCGUUGAGGAGCAAGGUCGGCCACACGCGGAACUGCCCACAGGCUUGUUCAGUUUGCCGAGACCAAGUUCGACGAGAUUGACCAUCCCGAAGACCGCCUCAUGAAAGCCAAAUUCAAGGCUCACUUCAAACGAUCGGCACCAACUGUUAGAAGUCCAAGAGGUGCCAAAAUUCCUUGGCGCUUGUUUUCCAUGCACGUUGCUCCCCAUUCGGAGCUACGGUACUCAACUCCAGUGCAAACAACCACCGGCUCUCCAAUGAUUAAAUAUCAAG